UGUCAGAGUCAGCGGUUGUCUGCACGUGCUUUUGGUCCUGCCCGGGACCCAGACACAGGCCGGCCAGAUGCCAUGUGGGGCGCCAGGGCCCAAAAAUCAGGCCUGGGUGGGUACUGGGCCGGCCUGCUGGCAGCUCUGCUCGGACUGAGCUUCCUGUCCCAGCAUGCCCGGACCGCAGAACGUACCAACGUCACCAGUGCUGCGAAUAACACAACCACCCAGAUCAUGAAGUCUGCUCUAUCCCUGUCAGAGGUAUGUGGCAAGACCAAAUUCCAAGGGAAGAUCUAUGGCGGUGAGAUUGCAGGGGCUGAGCGGUGGCCAUGGCAGGCCAGUCUGCGCUUAUAUGGCAGGCACAUCUGUGGAGCGGUUCUCAUCGACAAAAACUGGGUAGCCACCGCUGCCCACUGCUUCCAAAGGUCUCGAAACCCAAAUGACUACCAGGUCAUGCUAGGGUACACCGACCUGGACAAUCCCACCAGCUACAGCAGGCGGAUAUCAGUGCAGAAGGUCAUCGUUCACAAAGACUACGACAAAUUCCACCCCCAAGGAAGCGACAUUGUCCUGCUGCAGCUGUAUUCCUCUGUGGAGUUCAGCUCCCACAUCCUCCCAGCCUGUGUCCCUGAGGAAAACAUAAAAAUCCCCGAAGAGAAGGCCUGCUGGGCAAGUGGCUGGGGGCAUCUCAGAGAGGAUGUUCGAAUCCCUUUGCCUACUAAGCUGCAUGAAGUCCAGCUCAUCAUCAUGAGCAAUGAUGUGUGUAAAGGAUUUUUCCCACCGCCAGUCCCGGGAUCCCGUAGAAGCUACUACAUAUAUGACGAUAUGGUGUGUGCUGCUGAUUAUAACAUGACAAAAUCCAUCUGCGCAGGAGAUUCUGGGGGCCCAUUCGUCUGCUUACUGGAAGGCUCCUGGUACGUGAUAGGGCUGACCAGCUGGAGCGCGACAUGCGAGAAACCAAUCGCCACCCCCAGUGUCUUCGCCAGGGUCUCCUACUUUAACAAGUGGAUUAAAGAUAACAAGAAAGCACCAUCCAACUCAAAGCCUGAGGUGUCCUCUCGGCCCCCCAAAAAUCCAGCAUCCCCUGAGAAUGAGAAUGGAAAUCCGGAGGACAUCAACGAAAACCAAGGUGCUGUCAUCAAGCCGAUGGUCUGCACAGCCCUGCUGCUCUCCCAGGCCCUCCUGCAACAGUUGAUUUAGUUCUGGGAUCUGUGAUGGAGCCACGGGGCCUUGGAAAGCCAGGAUGUCCUGCAAGCCGCCCUCACUGAGCACUGUCUUCCAAUGCCUCCAUCUGUGGGAUCCCCUGUCCAUCUGAGGUCACACUUGCCUUGGGCCAUGCAAAGCAAAGAAUGAACAAUAAAACUAAAAACUAAAGAAA